UAAAGUCACCCGCAGGUCACAUGUCCCAACCUCAGAGUCAAACCCCCAUCAUAUUCAAUUAUUCACAUCAUCUGCCCCCUCCCUUCUCCACUCUCCAGUCGUCUUCUCCAAAGGUCUCUCUCUCUCUCUCCAAGUCUACUCUUUACAUUACGGAGCCAGCCAUGAAUGGAAGAGAAAUUCUCCACAAGAUGAAGGUCAAGGCUGGGUUGAGCUCAUCUGCACCAGAUACAGGGAAAGGUAAAAGCAAAAUGUCGAAGCAUAUCACACAUGGUUAUCACUUGGUGGAGGGAAAAACGAACCAUGCUAUGGAAGAUUGCUUAGUUUCUGAAUUCAAGAAAGUAGAUGACAAUGAGUUGGGUUUAUUCGCAAUAUUUGAUGGCCAUAUGGGUCAUGAUGUUGCGAAGUACUUGCAAACUCAUUUGUUUGAGAAUAUUCUAAAACAGGGUGAGUUCUGGACUGAUACCAAGCAUGCAAUAAAGAGAGCAUAUCAUAAAACUGAUACUGAUAUAUUGGACCAAGCUGUCUUUUUGGGAAGAGGAGGGUCAACUGCUGUAACGGCCAUACUAAUCAAUGGUCAGAAGCUGGUAGUAGCAAAUGUGGGAGAUUCUCGAGCUGUUAUAUCCAAGAAUGGUGUAGCUAGACAGCUAUCUGUCGAUCAUGAGCCAAGCAAAGAGAGACAGAACAUUGAAAGCAGGGGUGGUUUCGUGUCAAACAUUCCAGGGGAUGUUCCCCGCGUUGAUGGGCAGCUGGCAGUGGCUAGGGCAUUUGGAGAUAAGAGCUUGAAGAUGCACCUUAGCUCAGAACCUGAUAUUACAGAGGCAAUGAUUGAUGAUGAUACAGAUUUCGUCAUUAUGGCAAGUGAUGGGUUGUGGAAGGUGAUGUCAAACCAAGAAGCAGUGGACUCUAUCAAGCACAUAAAGCAUGCUCAGUCAGCAGCAAAACAUUUGACGGAGGCAGCUGUUACUAGGAAAAGCAAAGAUGACAUUUCCUGCAUAGUUAUAAGGUUUCAAUGAUCUCUUUCUCAGCAAAAAAAAAAAAAAAAAAAAUGGUUUUUGUUUUUUCGUUUUAUAAUAUAUAUACUAUUAUAUAGAACACUUUAAAUUGUAGCAAUCUAUUUGUGUGUGUACAUUGCAUGUAUUGGCUUGUGCAACAAUAUUGUACAAUUUGAUUAAUAAAGAAGUAUCACUUUUUAAGGGUA